CGCGUAUUCAAACAGCAGACAUCUGUCCAAGAUGGUCGACAUGAAAGAGAUCAAAGACUCCCUCCCCGACGAGGACGACGCGAACGACCCGGACUUCGCCCAUGUCGACAAGGCUGAGAUGCUCAAGGCCCUCGGCCAGCUUGGCAACAACGCCGGGCUCAUCGGCGCGCUCCAGCACAAGCUCGACGAUCUCGUCGGGAUGAGCAGCGGUUUCGUCGAGUCCCUGCAUUGGAAGGUUCGCGCUCGCGUCAACGCGCUGUCCGAGGCGCAGGGCGAACACGACGAGCUCUACGGCAAGUUCCUCGAGGAGAAGCGCGCGCUGGAGGAGAGGUACGCCAAGCUCUACGCGCCCCUCUACGCCAAGCGCGCGGCCAUCGUCAAGGGCGAGAAGGACGUCGAUGCAAAGCCCGAGGAUGGGGACGACGCGGACGAGGAGGCGCCGAAGGGUGUUCCCGACUUCUGGCUCUGCGCCCUCCGGAACCACGAGCUCCUGGGCGAGCAGAUCACCGAGAAGGACGAGGGCGCGCUCAAGCACCUUCUCGACAUCACCUCCCGAUCCCUCACCAAGGAGGACUUCCCCAAGGACGAGGACGACGAGGAGGAGGACGACGAGGAAGAGGAGGAGCCCAUCGGCUUCGCGCUCGAGUUCCACUUCGAGCCCAACGAUUACUUCGAGGACGCGGUGCUCUCCAAGAAGUACUUCAUGGCGGACAUGGACGACCCGAUCCUCGAGCACUCCGAGGGCACCGAUAUCGCGUGGAAGCAGGGCAAGAACCUCACCGUCAAGGUGCUCCGCAAGAAGCCGAAGAAGGGCGCGGCUAAGAACGCCAAGCCCAUAACCAAGACGGAGAAGACCGAGUCGUUCUUCAACUUCUUCUCCCCGCCGGAGGUGCCCGACGAGGAAGCCGAGCUCGACCCGGAGGAGGUGGAGCAGCUCCAAGAGGCUAUGGAGAUGGACUACGAGAUUGGCGCCAUCAUCAAGGACAAGAUCAUCCCCAACGCGGUCGAGUGGUUCACCGGCGAGGCCAACGAGGACGAGGACGACGAGGACUACUCCGACGAGGACGACGAGGACGACGAGGACGACUUCGACGGCGAUGACUCCGACGAGGAUGACUCCGACGACGAGGACGCCGCCCCCAAGAAGGGCAAGGGAAAGAAGGGCGGCGCCGACGGCGAGGAGAAGCCCCCCGAGUGCAAGCAGCAGUGAGUGACAACCGCGCCCUUCGUCGGCGACCGCGCGUACGUAUAAAAUUCGAUUCGAACAAACCCAUGGCAGCCUCGUGAUGGUCUAAGUGUUAGUCUACUUGUGAAUACUAAGUCACAGCGAACGCUAGCU